AUGGCCGACACUAUCCGCAUGGGAACCCAGUCUUCGCUGGUUCGAAGACAACACAUCCUUAAUCCUAUAAUCGAGGAAGAGAGUGAUGAAUGUCACACUCCACACGCGACGACGGCGCCGUCUCUUCAAUCGAGACGGGCCGACACGUCGCACCUGAAGAUCCAAGCAUGGUUGUCACCGAUGAGUGACCACUUCCCCACGCCAAGGGGCAUCAACUACAUGUCGGCGCCUGUCUUGCCCUCUUCGCCCUCAGUGUCCUCUGCCGAUGAUAGCUCCCCGACGACCUCGUCGAACCCUUGGAAUCGCACGAGCAUCAUGACCGACAACACAGAGUUUGAGGACCUUUACGACGUGACUGAUGAUGAGGGCGAGGACCAACGUGGACUGCGCAGGGGGUCUUCCGUGAGAAAGUCGAGGCCGCAAAGCUCGACUAGGGCACCUGGGAAGGGAUCCAUGCGUCUGAUCAUCCCAGACAGCCGAGGACACAUGAGUGAGCAGCGCUCUGCUAUUGAGGAGUUCAAGAAGAUCACCUCGCCUGUUCCUCUUACGCCAUCAGCCCAACUUACCAUGUCACCAGCGCAGCUGCAGUUCAUGGACCAACAGCAGGCGUUGGACACCCCUACGACAUCAGCACCGCCUUCUCUGGAUGGCAGCCUUACCUCGGAGCAGCUGGCAGCGAUGAGUGCUCCGCCAACACCGGUGAUUGGGAACGACGAGGACGCACCGCCCGAGGAGUCAUGGUCUGGGGUCCAGCUACAGCCUGGUGCUCUGGCGACCCUACAUGCUCUCUCAGGCGAGGAGGAGGACGAGGACAUGCACCACGAACAGCCUGAGCGUGUUUUGGAAAUCCCCCAGCCAGUGCCCCGACGCAUUAGCGAGAUGCGCCAGCAGCCUCUGCGUCUUGUUACCAGCUUCAACCCGCCCGCUACCGCUGGUGUCGCAUUCUCGCCCAACACCAACCGCCAGUCCCUCGCAGACUUGACAAAGUUGGACAUUCCUUCCCCUGGCGGUUUCUUUGCCGGUCUCUCGCCACGGACCCGUACCACCUGGCACAUGGUCGCCAAGUCCCCUGACGCCAUGGUGCCACCGACAUCGACAACGGCCGAGCAAUUCUACCGCUGCCCUUGGAACAUCGACGAAGCUGUCCCACCCGUCCCCGAGCUUCGGGUCACUGAGAUUCCUGAGCGCCCCGACUCCGCCGAGGGCUUCUACAGGAUUGCUAGCAUGUCGUCGGCCCCUGUGGAGCAGGUGGUUGAGGUCAUCGCUGACGACGUGUCUGAUGAUAUGCCUACGGCACGCCCGGUCUUCGAGCACAAGGUGUCUGAUUCCUCCGAUGAAACGGUCAAAGCGUCCGCUGCUCCCCCUUCUCCCGAAGCUGAGCAGGCCGUUGCCGAGAUCGUCAACGACUACGACCCCAAGUAUGCAGUCAAACAGCAAGAGGAGGCCGUCUCGAACCUUGACCGCACCGAGCUCUGGUUGCGCGCUCAACGCUCUUACCUUCAGAUCUUUGAUGCUUCAGAGGAUGAGUCGUCCCUGGAGACCAUUGAGGAAGCCGCCGAGGAGGAAUCUCCCAAGGAAGCUAAGAUUGAGCCCAAGGUAGCGUCUCAGCCCGAAAUUGCCCAGUCUCUCGUGCCCCUUAAAAAGAGCGUCCGGUUCUCGGAGCUGAACUCGGCCGUUGCGCAGCCCAAGCGUCUGCCCUCAAAGUUGAUGCGCCAGGAGUCUGCCUUUUACCGCGCCUUCCAGGACUAUAUUGUGCGCACGCACAGUGUCGACGUGUUCGUGCACCAGCUGGCACGCUUCGAAGCUCUCCAGGCGCAACGUGUCUCUCUCCGCCAGAGGCACCGCAACCAGCUUCUGGGCAAGUUCCAGCUCAGCGUGGUCCCGCUCUCCGCGAAGAAGCGUCUCAGUGCCAACGUUGUGCGCAGCGACAACAACCUCACCAUUGACCUUGACCAGCUGCGUCUGGAGAAGGAGAUUGAAGCUGCCGCCCAGAUGGCGAUGCCCACUUGGCACGUGGCCGCCAUGAAGUAUCUCAACGGCGGGAAACUCAUCACAGCGCCGGUCACGAAGCGUCUGGCACGUCUGUCCCAGCCCAAGCUUAGCACUGGGGGUGUCCGUGAGCGGGCCAGGAUCCUGGAUCUUGGUGGCCAGUCAACAUGCGAUUGGGCAUGGCACUGCGCCCUGCAAUACCCCAACUCAAAGGUGUACACCGUCACCACCAAGGCCAUCCGUCAGCUCUCCAACUCUAAUAUCCGUGGACCCCCCAACCACCGCCAAGUUGCCAUCGAGCGCCUCACCCGUCUUCCAUUCCAGGACAACCACUUUGACCUGGUAUAUGCCCGUGAAUUGCACAGCAUUCUCAAGUUUGUAGGAGAGAACGGCGAAGACGAGUGGGAGAGCUGCUUGCGCGAGUGCAUGCGCGUGCUCAAGCCCGGAGGCUACAUUGAGUUCUCCGUGCUUGACUCGGAGCUGAUGAACGCUGGGCCUCUGGGCCUUGCCAAAAGCGUAGAGUUCGGCUUCUCGCUCAAGACUCUUGGCUACGACCCCAGCCCAUCCAAGAUGUGGCUCGGCCGGUUGGCUCGUGCUGGCUUUCAAGAUGUCCGCCGUGCCUGGAUGUGUCUCCCCGUCGGUUCCAAGCGCGAUAUGUACAAGAUCCCCAGACCUACGGCGGCGGAAGGCGAGACUCUGCCUCAGCUGCCCCUCAUGGGCAGCGCUGACAACGUCGCGAGCGUGUGCAGCGUCGUGGGAGGCUGGAACUGGGAGCGCUGGCUCCUCCGUUGCGAGAUGGAGAAGGUGGCUGGCGAGCUUCGGUUGGCUGACACUGUCACCGCUGGCGUUGCGAUCCAGGAGGCCGGGAAGUGCCUCGAGGGUGUUGCGGCAGUCAUGGAGGAGGGAAGAAACUGCAAAUCGGCAUUCCGCAUGCUUAAUGGACGAAUCCCGAGGCCGGAAAGGAGUCGAGUCACCAUGUCGAACGAUUGGCAAAAGGAGGCUAUGCGCCGCUUCCGCCAGAUCCAGCAGCAGCGCGGCGGCGUUGGCGGUGGUCCUCAGAUGCCCAAGGGCUCCGCGGGUGCUGCUGCUGGUGCUUUACUGCUCCUCGGUGGUGCCUGGGUUGUCUCCAACUCUCUCUUUAACGUUGAUGGUGGCCAUCGGGCGAUCAAGUACACAAGGCUGGGUGGUGUCGGGAAGGAGAUCUACAACGAAGGAACACACAUCAACAUUCCCUGGUUCGAAACCCCGAUUACCUACGAUGUACGAGCGAAGCCGCGCAACGUCGCCUCGUUGACGGGCACCAAGGAUUUGCAGAUGGUCAACAUUACCUGCCGUGUUCUGUCGAGACCUCAAGUGGAGGCGCUGCCCCAGAUCUACCGGACGCUCGGAACCGACUACGACGAGCGCGUCUUGCCCUCGAUCGUCAACGAAGUCCUGAAGAGUGUUGUGGCACAGUUCAACGCCAGCCAGUUGAUCACCCAGCGUGAAAUGGUCGCCAAGCUGGUGCGCGACAACCUGUCUAGGCGCGCUGCGCGAUUCAACAUCACUCUGGAUGAUGUUUCCCUGACGCACCUCGCUUUCUCACCCGAGUUCACUGCUGCCGUCGAGGCGAAGCAGGUUGCUCAGCAGGAAGCCCAGCGCGCUGCUUUCGUCGUCGACAAGGCUCGCCAGGAGAAGCAGGCCAUGGUUGUCAGGGCGCAGGGUGAAGCACGCUCUGCCGAGCUGAUUGGUGACGCCGUCAAGAAGAACAAGGCGUACGUGGAGCUCAAGAAGAUUGAGAACGCGAGGAUGAUUGCGACGCAGCUGCAGGAGGCUGGAUCGAAGAACAGGCUGAUGCUGGACUCGGAAGGUCUCGGGUUGAACGUCUUUGACGACUCGAACAACAAGAAGUAA